UCCAGUCUUCUUCCUUCACCGGCGCCGUCAUCUCCGUAACGCACAGAGCCACAUGCGCAGGAGAGCUAUCUAGCUAGGCAGGCUAGCCACACCUCACGGCUCACGAUGUCGUCGUCGUCGGCCAGGGCGCGGCGGGGCGGGAGCCUACAGUUCCCAGUGGGGCGGUGGCGCCACGUGGCGGUGGUCGACACCGGGUGCGGCUGCCGCCCGCGCCGGGCCACCUCGCGCCUGCUCAGCCAGCUGCCCUCCUUCCUCCGCCCCUCGCCCAAGCCCCCGCAGCAGCCGCCGCGGAGCAGCUCCCGCUCCUCCUCCGGCUUCUUCCCGUCCUCCGCCUCCACGGCAUCCUCCUCCGCCGCCACCUUCACCACCACCCACUCCUCCUACUCCAACUACUCCGCCUACUCCAACUCCUACUCGGCCGCCGCCGCCUCCUACGCCAAGCCGCAGCAUCCGACGGCGGCGUCGGCCGAGGCGCCGCCGCCGCCGGCGUCCUCCCACGCGGCGGCGUCCAGGAGGAGGCAGCAGCAGGGCAGGAGGAAGAAGAGGUACGAGAAGAUGGGCGCCGCGGCAGGACAGGACCAGGAGGAGGACGUCGGCGUGGCCGUGGAGAAGGAGUCCUCCGACCCGCGCGCCGACUUCCGUGAGAGCAUGGUCCAGAUGGUGGUAGAGAUGGGGCUCUGCGGCUGGGACGACCUCCGCUGCAUGCUCCGCCGCCUGCUGGCCCUCAACGCGCCGCGCCACCACGCCGCCAUCCUCGCCGCCUUCGCCGAGGUCUGCGCGCAGCUCACCGCGCCCCCGCCGCACCCGGCGUACCACGCAUACGACUACCACUACCACUACUGACCAGCCGAUGAGCUGGCUGGCUCGCCGCCGCUCCACCAGCAUCAGGCGUCAGCGACCUCCUGUUCUGGAGGUCUCGAGAUCCUGGCACCACCCGUGUGCUGCAGAGUGAAUUACAGUCACCGGUGGUGAUAGGAUCUCGUAGUAGUUUCGUUCAUCAGCAUUAUCAGUACCAACGGGUCCUUGUGUGUUCCGUCCAGUAAUCCGUCAGGUAGUUCAGCUUC